AUGAAAGGACAGAAAGGAGAGCAGAACAAACUCCUAACAGGCGGAGACUCACUCAUGGCCUAUGAGUAUCAGGAGACUCAAUACUGCUUUUCUGCUAUAAACUCAUCAUGUGUCAAGGAGAAACGAUCCAGUUAUGAAUAUUAUAUCAUGUAUGUGUUUUUUUCAUUGCUGUCAGCAUGGACUGUGUUUCUGAACCUGCUGGUGAUCAUCUCCAUCUCUCACUUCAAGAAGCUUCACACUCCAACCAACAUGAUUAUUCUCUCUUUGGCUGUUGCUGACAUGCUAAUGGGACUUAUUGUAAUGCCUGUGGAUGCCAUCAAGCUGAUUGAGACAUGUUGGUACUUUGGAGAAAGUUUGUGUGAUCUGUUUCUUACAAUUAUGGGUCUGGUUCUUUCAACAUCUCUUGGUAAUUUAGUUUUGAUUGCUGUUGAUCGUUAUGUAGCUGUGUGUCACCCUUUAGUGUAUCCACUAAAAAUAACAAUGACUAAAAUGUUAAUCAUUGUCAGUUGCUGCUGGCUUUUUUCUUCAGCUUAUAAUAUUACAAUUGUAAAAAGUACCUCACAGAGAACAGAUGGGUGUUAUGGCGAAUGUAAUGCUAUCCUUACAUAUGAAUGGAGAGCUACUGAUUUAAUAUUUUCAUUCCUGCUUCCGUGUACAAUAAUCAUAACUUUACAUUUGAGGAUAUUUUAUGUUGUGCAUCAGCAAGUGAAAGUAAUAAACUCUCAAAUGAAGCGAGGAAAAUCUGUAAUGGAGGGUUCAGUGAAGAGAAAAUCUGAGAGCAAAGCUGCUCUGACUUUAGGAAUAAUUGUAGCAAUUCAUCUGCUUUGCUGGAUUCCAUACUAUAUCUUGACUCUAACUGAUAGCAUAGCAAUUCCACCCACCGUAUUAUAUUGUCUAAUUUGGGUCUUAUAUAUUAAUUCAUGUCUGAAUCCUAUUCUCUAUGCUUUCUUUUACCCAUGGUUUAGAAAAUCAUUCAAACACAUCUUAACUCUUAAAAUAUUUCAGCUAGCAUCCUCUCAUGUCAACAUUUUCACAAAAAAACCAGCAAUGCCAUUAGAGGAUCAGGAUACACAAUACGGCUUUCCUGUCAUCCACUAA